AUGUCCUGUACUCAGAGUUAUUUUGGGGCUCAGCUGUCAACUGGACCCUCCUCCAUUUUGUCCCUGUCCCAUGUCAGUGCUCUGCUCUCCUCUCAAAGGACUAUGGAUGCUUCAGUGAAAGCAGCUGAGGUGGUGCUUCCCCCAGACGUCACAGAGCGCUCCCUGAUGGAGGAAGAGGAGACUGCAGCCUCCUUCAGCCCCAUGGACGAGUUCAGGAGACGACUGGACGAGAUUGUGAGCAGCUACAGCAAAGGCCCCAGCGUCCUGGAACAACAGACAUGGAUGGAAUCAGACAUGGACAAAAGAAAGGAGGAAGAGGACCAUAGCGUCACAAUAGAAACAGAAAUGUCACUUAUCCAGCAAAGUCUGGUCCCGCUGUCUUCUCCAGAGGAAAAGCUGCAGGAGCUGGUCAAGAAAUAUGCUGAAAUGGCAUCACUCCGUCGCAGUGAUGAGCACAAGCUGCAUCUGCUCCAACGCAAGUUCAGUCAGCUGCUGGAUGAUAGGCAGCUGCUGCAGAAGGAGCAGAGGAACAACCUGAUGGCCCGCAGCAAACUGGAGGCGCUGUGCCGAGAGCUGCAGCGCGCCUACACCGUGCUCAGGGAACAGACCAUUGAGAGCUGCAGAGAAGAAGAGAAGAAGAGAAACGAGAUGACGAGCCACUUCCAGGAGAUGCUGACAGAAAUCCAGGCGCAGAUCGAACAACACAACGUGCGAAAUGACAAACUGUGCACAGAAAACAACAGCCUGACAGACAAGCUGGAGGGCCUCAUGAACCAGUGCGAGCUCAGGGAGGAGAGUUUGGAGAAGAUCAACAAGCACCGUGACCUGCAGCAGAAGCUGACUGAGGCCAGACUGGCUCAGGCCAACGCUCUGUUGGUGGAGGCCGAGGACAAGCACAAGAGGGAGAAGGAAUAUCUGCUUAGGGAGGCUAUUGACAAAACAAAGAAAUGCUUCGGUUUGAAGGAGCAGGAGCUGUCCAUGAAGAAGAAGUUACUGGUUCAGGCUGCAGAGUGGAAACUGCAGACUCACACUCUCAGAGAGCAGGGGACUGUCAUGCAAACGCAGCUGGCUCUAUACGCACAGAAGUUUGACGAAUUUCAAGCGACUUUGGCCAAAAGCAAUGAAAUCUUCCAUCGCUUCAAGAAAGAGAUGGACAAUAUGUCCGAAAAGAUGAAGACGUUAGAGAAAGAGUCCAACUUGUGGAAGACCAGAUUUGAGAACUGCAACAAAGCCCUGACCGACAUGCUCGAGGAGAGAACCGAAAAGAGCAAAGAAUACGACUUAUUUGUCCUGAAGAUCCAUAAAUUGGAGAAACUCUGUCGCUCCCUACAAGACGAACGCAAAAUCCUCUAUGACAAAAUCCGAGAUGUCCGCAACUCCAACGCCAACAUCUCGUGCAAACCGAUGGACCUUCCACCCCCGGAGUCUGACAACAUUCUGACUCACGAGGAAAUCGACGAAUUGCAAAGUCAGGAUCCUGUACUGACCCAGGACAUGGCCCGUCUCAAAGAGGAGCAGGCCAAACUUCAGCUUUUUGCAGAUUCGCUGUUUGAAAACGUGGAUACCGUGGAAGAGGUGGCCGUAUUGGACUUGGAAGAAGACAAGAUUGCAUCUGCGUUUGCCCAGUUUAAGACCAAAAAGGAUUCCGAAGAAGAGGUGAAGAAAGAAGAGUUAGAAGCACCAACAGCAAGGAAAGACCAGGAAGUGGAAGACACAUUAAAAGAGAUCGAGAAGUGCCCACAAGAACCAACUCAAAUGGAGAAACCCAAAGACGAUGUAGAGGUUGAACAAGCUGUUAUUCUAGAGAAAGUUGAAUCAACACCAGCUGACCAUAUGACAGAAGCAAACAUCAAGCCAAUAAACGUAGAGCAAGCAAACCCUGAACUUCCCGAAGCUGAAGAAGUAAAAGUUCAAGUUCAAGAGGAGAAAAUUGUGGCGGAAGCUUCAAGGGAAACUAUGGAAAAACCUCUUGCAGAAACCACUUCGAAACCAGAACCCGAAAUCUCGAGUGAAUCUUCCAAGAAGCAAGUCCCAAAGAAGAAGAAGAAGAGAAAUAACAAGGCCGCAAGCUAA